AUGGGGCUAUUCGACAAGCUGGCCAACAUGCUGAAGAUCAAAAAGGAACAGAUCAAUAUACUGGUGGUCGGCUUAAACAACAGCGGCAAAUCAACGAUUGUGAACCACUUUAAGAACCCGAACGAACGGACCUCCAUUGUGGUGCCGACGGUAGGAUUUAGUGUGGAACGAUUCGAAAUUUGCCUUUUAAUUCCAGAUCAGGGGGUUUUCUUUACCGCGUUCGACAUGUCCGGUGCAACGCGGUAUCGCAGCCUGUGGGAACAUCACUUCAAGUCCUGCCAAGGAAUAGUGUUUGUAAUCGAUUCCAGUGAUCGUAUGCGUUUAGUGGUCGUAAAGGACGAGCUGGAAAUUUUACUACAGCAUCCGGACAUUGCCAACCGGCGAGUGCCCAUCCUUUUCUUUGCCAACAAAAUGGACUGCACGGAUGCGCUGUCGAGCGUGAAGAUUGCGGCCGGUUUAGGGCUGGAGAAGAUCAAAGACAAACCGUGGCACAUUAGCUCGAGCAAUGCGCUCACCGGGGAAGGUUUGCAGGAUGGCGUCCAGUGGAUGGUUCAUCAGAUCAGGGAGUGCGUUGCGAACAGCAAGGAACAUCGGUAG